CCCCCCUCCCAGUAUGAGGUUCCCCUCUCCUCGGUGAUGGAGUGACAGCGGCGGCCCCCUCUCCUCUCCUUCCACUGCAGGUUCCUCCCUGUCUCCAUCAUCCUCCCCCCCCCCUCCCCUUCUCUCUGUACAUCGGGGGGAGAUGUUUGUAUCUGUUUGGUACGCCAAAAAAAUGGGGAGACGUUUCAUAAGCAACGUCAGGAAGGCAAAGAAACAGAGACAGCCGGCCAGCUCUCCUCCUGUCAUAGUAAAUACUGACACACUAGAAGCACCAGCCUAUGUCAACGGGACAGAGGCAGAGAUGGAGUAUGAAGAAAUCACACUGGAGAGGGGUAACUCAGGUUUGGGGUUCAGCAUUGCAGGAGGAACUGAUAACCCCCAUGUUGGAGAUGACCCCAGCAUAUUCAUCACCAAGAUCAUCCCCGGCGGAGCAGCGGCUCAGGAUGGUCGGCUCAGGGUGAACGACAGUAUCCUGUUUGUGAAUGAGGUGGAUGUGCGUGAGGUGACACACAGCACUGCAGUGGAGGCUCUGAAGGACGCCGGAUCCAUUGUCCGUCUGUAUGUGAUGCGCAGGAAGCCAGCGUCCGAGAAAAUCAUAGAAAUCAAGCUGAUCAAAGGUCCAAAAGGUCUUGGAUUCAGUAUUGCAGGUGGUGUAGGUAACCAGCACAUACCAGGAGAUAACAGUAUAUAUGUUACCAAGAUCAUAGAGGGUGGAGCUGCCCACAAGGAUAUGCGGCUGCAGAUCGGAGACAAGAUUCUUGCGGUGAACCACGUCAGUCUGGAAGAUGUGAUGCAUGAAGAUGCUGUCGCGGCAUUGAAGAAUACAUCUGACAUUGUCUACCUAAAAGUGGCCAAGCCUACCAACGUCUAUCUGAACGACUCCUACGCCCCUCCAGACAUCACCACCUGUGAGGAUCCUUAUUCUCAGCAACUGGACAGCGACUUAUGUCACCCAAGUUAUCUGGGUCCUGAAUAUGCUCCCGUGAUGACACCAACCUCACCCCGCAGAUACUCCCCCAUCCCCAAAGAGCUUAUGGGAGAAGAGGAGGUGCCACGGGAGCCCCGCAGGAUUGUCAUACAUCGCGGCUCCACGGGCCUUGGAUUUAACAUUGUUGGAGGUGAAGAUGGGGAAGGAAUUUUCAUCUCCUUUAUUUUGGCGGGGGGUCCGGCUGACCUGAGUGGAGCGUUACGGAAGGGAGAUCAGAUCAUGUCUGUGAAUGGGGUAGAUCUGAGGAACGCUACUCAUGAGCAGGCGGCGCUGGCGCUCAAGAACGCGGGUCAGACGGUCACCAUCAUUGCCCAGUACAAGCCGGAGGAGUACAGCAGGUUUGAAGCCAAGAUCCAUGACCUGCGGGAGCAGCUAAUGAACAGCAGUCUGGGUUCUGGCAGCGCCUCUCUACAUAACGCUAAUGGUGGCAAGAGAGGAUUCUACAUCAGGGCUCUUUUCGAUUAUGACAAGACGCGGGACUGUGGUUUCCUAAGUCAAGCACUCAGCUUCAAGUUUGGGGAUGUCCUGCAUGUUAUAGAUGCCACCGAUGAUGAGUGGUGGCAGGCGAGGCGCGUCCAACCCGAAGGAGAAGAGAUCGGCUUCAUCCCCAGUAAAAGAAGGGUGGAGCGGCGGGAGUGGUCACGGUUAAAGGUAAAGGACCGAAGCAGCACUACAGGUUCUCAGAGUCGGGAGGACACUGUACUCAGCUACGAGACGGUCAUACAUAUGGAAGUGCACUAUGCCCGACCUAUCAUCAUCCUGGGUCCUGGGAAGGACAGGGUUAAUGACGACCUACUGUCUGAAUUUCCUGAUAAGUUUGGCUCCUGCGUUCCUCAUACGACGCGCCCAAAGCGAGAUUACGAGGUGGAUGGAAGAGAUUACCACUUUGUGUCAUCUCGAGAAAAGAUGGAGAAAGACAUUCAAGGUCAUAAAUUUAUCGAGGCUGGACAAUAUAAUGGACACCUGUAUGGGACAAGCGUGCAGAGUGUCAGGGAGGUCGCCGAGCAGGGCAAACAUUGUAUCCUGGAUGUCUCUGCUAAUGCUGUCCGUCGUCUUCAGGCAGCUCAGCUCCAGCCUAUCGCCAUCUUUAUACGGCCUAAGUCACUGGAAAACAUUCUAGAAAUUAAUAAACGUCUAACCGAGGAACAAGCCAGAAAAACAUAUGAAAGGUCCACAAAGCUGGAACAAGACUUUACCGAGUGUUUUUCAGCGGUGGUCGAGGGGGACAGCUUUGAAGAGGUCUACCAUAAAGUUAAGGGAAUCAUCGAAGACCUCUCAGGGCCCUACAUCUGGGUUCCCUCCCGAGAAAGACUUUAAAAGCAGCCUCCUUCUCCAAUCCCACCGUAACAUAGCGGAGACUUCUCUCUCCUGGAGCAUUGUAUAUCUGGAGGCAAUGAGGCACUCCGGUAUCUACCUGGCCUCAUGUCGCCACCCCUACCUGGAGUGCCUGAUUACUUCUGAAUGGGGCUGACAUAUCCUCCGACAGGAGACCUAAACCUUUGUGUUUCUCUAGGUUUUUAUGUGUGUAUCUUAUACACGCACAAACUCUCUUUAGAACACAAUCUGGCUCUUCUGUUCUUGCUCGGCUCCUCGUGGGAGUGGUUUCCUUGUGAGCCAGCCCCUGCAGUGGGUUGAGCCUGUUGUAUAAAAAGACUUUUAGUCCUGGUUUUUUAUCUCGCUGUCUGCGUUUAUUUUGUGCAUGCGUCUUAUACUGGAAGGGGGAGGACUUGGAAUUAAUGGACAAAUACCCCAUUAUUUCCUCCCCCCCCAUCCCCACGCACAUGCCCUAAGAGCACUGGGCAGUAUGGACAAUGACUUCCCCCGUGAGGGGCAGUAGAUUCAUGGAUGUCUCCUUAGCUCUCAAACCAAGCCAUGGAGGGGUUAAGUGUGCAAUGUUCUGCAGGCCCUGUCACGUGAGGUUUAAGAAGGGAUGCUCUUCAGGACACAGGUAUAAAGAUCGUGAGCUGCAGGGCCCGGGAAGGUGAAGGGUUACAUACCGUACAGUAAUAAAAAAUAAAACUAUUUUAUGUGGAUAAAUAAAAUGUU